AGUUUACUUAUCAAAUAUAUCUUUACAGCGCGUAGUCCUUGACAUUACGUCUUGCCUUGUGAAACUGUUGUUUAUGUCGUAAACAAAGCUAGUAAGACGCACGUAAAUAGCGUAAUUUGACGUUUUGAGACUGCCGUGCAAUGGCUACAGGCACUGUUCUUUUCGUAAGAAAAGGUUCUAAAAUGGGCAGUGACACUGAAGAAAGCAGUUCAGCAACAGAUAAUAACUCGUGGGAUGAUCAAGCACUGGUUGACGCAUUUGAAGAAGCUUCACUUGCAGCAAAAUACAGAAUAGCUGCUCGUAUGAUUGCACGUGGAGAGCAACCUCUUGAAAAUGGCUUAGAUUUACCAGAACUACUUGAAAGUGGUGUUGGGCAAACUACGGCAAGCAAAAAGUCAAAGAAAGGCAACAAAAGAAAGUGGGAAGUUGGAGCACCCUGUAGAGCAAUUUUUUCGGAGGAUGGGUGUGAAUAUGAAGCCGUUAUACAAUCUGUAGACCAGACGAAAGGAAAAUGUGUUGUGAAGUUCAUAGGCUACGAUAAUGAAGAAGUAGUUCCAGUGGCAGCUUUACAGCCAUCACACGGUUCCAUUGCAAGGCAGUACCAAAUACAGCAAGCAUUGGAAAAUGUAGAGUCGGAUAAUAUUAUUGGAAGUGAUGAAGAUGGAGAACAUCAUAUUGAUUCAUUUGAAGAUGCGUCAUCAAAUGGGGCAUCCUGGAUUGGACAGUCUGAAUUUUACAACAGCAGGCAAGGACCAUAUCUGCAUCCUCAGAACCCAAUGAGUGUGCCAAUACCACCACCUCCGCCUCCACAUAUAACGUCACGAUUCCCAGAAGAAGAUUCUGAAGCCCUAUCUGCAAUGCUGUUGUCCUGGUAUAUGAGUGGUUUUCAUACAGGAUACUAUCAAGGCCUGAGAGACGCUAAGAAGGGUAGACAAAAGCUAAGCCACCCUCGGAUGUAUUCAAGGAAGAAAUGAAACUAUGGGACUUAUAUUUUUAUACCAUAAGGAGCCAUGGACUUACAGAAAUUACUGUUUCGAACCUUUUGCAAUGUUCUGCCAGAACUCAUCUGAAGAGAUACAUAUACUUUUUUAUAUUAAUUGUAAAGAACCUCAAUGUGUAACAUGACUUCCUUCAGAAAUUACAUCUUUCCAUAUUUGUAUGACACUGUGAGAUUGUAAAAUAACUGUUUAUCAUUUCUCACUUUAAACUGGAAUGUGAUAAUAAAAUACUGGUAAUUUAUAUAUAAAUAUAAAAAGUUUCUUCUGUUUCCA